AUGGCGGACGGCGACAGCGGCAGCGAGCGCGGCGGCGGUGGCGGCGGCGGCGGCGGCGGGCCCGGCGGCUUCCAACCCGCGCCCCGCGGCGGCGGGCCUGGCGGCGAGCAGGAGACGCAGGAGCUGGCCUCGAAGCGCCUGGACAUCCAGAACAAGCGCUUCUACCUGGACGUGAAGCAGAACGCCAAGGGCCGCUUCCUCAAGAUCGCCGAGGUGGGCGCCGGCGGCUCCAAGAGCCGCCUCACGCUGUCCAUGGCGGUGGCCGCCGAGUUCCGCGACUCUCUGGGCGACUUCAUCGAGCACUACGCGCAGCUGGGUCCCAGCAGCCCGGAGCAGCUGGCGGCGGGCGCCGAGGAGGGCGGCGGGCCUCGCCGCGCGCUCAAGAGCGAGUUCCUGGUGCGCGAGAACCGCAAGUACUACCUGGACCUCAAGGAGAACCAGCGCGGCCGCUUCCUGCGCAUCCGUCAGACGGUGAACCGCGGCGGCGGCGGCUUCGGCGGAGGACCCGGGCCCGGCGGCCUGCAGAGCGGCCAGACCAUCGCGCUGCCCGCGCAGGGCCUCAUCGAGUUCCGCGACGCGCUGGCCAAGCUCAUCGACGACUACGGGGGCGAGGAUGACGAGCUGGCCGGCGGCCCGGGAGGCGGCGCCGGCGGCCCUGGGGGUGGCCUGUACGGAGAGCUGCCGGAGGGCACCUCCAUCACGGUGGACUCCAAGCGCUUCUUCUUCGAUGUCGGCUGCAACAAGUACGGGGUGUUCCUGCGAGUGAGCGAGGUGAAGCCGUCCUACCGCAAUGCCAUCACCGUGCCCUUCAAGGCCUGGGGCAAGUUUGGAGGCGCCUUCUGUCGGUAUGCAGAUGAGAUGAAAGAAAUCCAGGAGCGACAGAGGGAUAAGCUUUAUGAGCGACGCGGUGGGGGCAGCGGCGGCGGCGACGAGUCCGAGGGUGAGGAAGUGGAUGAAGAUUGAAACGGGCAGCUUCCCGUACUGGCCUCCCCCACCCCACCACCAUACCCUUGGCUAGAGAGUUCCCUUUCCUACUCGUCCCCAGUGAGCUAGUGGAGAGAGGGAUCAAGUGAGGCCGCAAACGGAGAAAAAAAAAAUUUAAAUAAUAUAGUUAAGAGAAAUAACCAUAAGAAAACAGUCACAGACAAUUAGAGAAAAGCAGUUUAAGUUCCAAGGAACUGCCAGCAACCUGCAAAGAGGACAGCAGCAUCUCCUCACCUGCGCAAGAGUCUCAGCUUCUGUUGUUUAAAACCAAGGUUCGUAAAUUCAUCAGGAAAACAUUGGAGGGGAUAGAUCUUCGAACGUCUGGGACAAAAACCACAUCUGAGUUACCCAGACUCAUCCAUUGGUAAUGGUUGGGUUUGUGUUGUACCUGGGUAAUCUGGUCUUAGGAUCCCUCCAGGCCUCGGUAUUGCAGCAUCUAUCCCUUCACCUCCAUCGAAAUCAGCUUUUUGGAUCUAGGUCUUAAUGGAAUCUUUGAGAAGAAAGAGGCCUUUGCAGUUACCCAGUUCUGAGGGCACAGGUUUAUGAAAAGGAAUGCAACUUUACACAAUCAUGGACAGGGCAAGAGAAGAAUUCAAGAAGCCAUCGGAGAAUUCAAAAAUCAAUUGGAUCCAUUUUUUAAAAUGGUUUUGCAUGGAACCUGGACCAAGGCCCCUGUCUUUUCUUUGCAGAAUUGUUUUCCGGGAUGCAAGUGAAUUCAUGUAUCAAAGCUUGAACUAGAAUCCAUUACUAAAACAGUUUAAA